AUGAUUUUGUUUUCAAAGAAAGACUUUCUAAUUUUCAAAAAACUUUUUCCUGGUCACUCAAUCCAUGCUGGUGACAAGUCCAUGCACUUUAGGGGGAUGUUAGAUGGUACCAGACAGGAAGAAGUGGAAGGUGAACUCAGUGAAGAAGAACGCUGGUUUGGAAAUUCUUCAGAAUCUCCUUCAGAAGCAUCAUAUGGAGAAGUCCAGGAGAACUUUAAGUUGUCUCUUGAGGACAGAAUCCAAGAGCGGUCCACUUCCCCAGAUACUUCUUUGGGAAGUGCUACUCCUAGCAGCAACACAGUGGAGCUGGGAACCACUGAAAAUGAGGCACUAAGAGACACAUUACAGAGCAACGAGCACCUUUCUCCUGAUGUUUCAUCUCUGUGUGAAGAGGAACCUCCUGGUCCAAAUAAGCCACUGAGUAGUAACCUGAGGCGGCUACUGGAGGCUGGCUCCCUCAAACUGGAUGCUGCUGUUACAGUCAAUGGCAGAGUCGAUUCCCCUGUAAAUCUUGGCUCAAAUCUCUCCUUCUCUCCACCUGCUCAUCAUGCCCAGCAGCUAAGUGUUCUUGCCAGAAAGCUUGCUGAGAAACAGGAACGAAGUGACCAAUACAAUGCAGGUAGUCCCUUUAUAUGGAAUCAAGGUAAGUGGUUGCCAAAUGCAACCACCACGUGUGGUUUGUCCCCUGAUUCAGCUAUCCUGAAACUGAAAGCUGCAGCCAAUGCCGUUCUGCAGGACAAAUCUCUUUCAAGGACUGAAGACACUAUUAGAUUUGAAUCUUUUUCCUCACCUUUCAGUUCUCAGUCAGCCAGCUCCACGUUAGCAGCUUUAUCUAAGAAAGUGAGUGAAAGAAGCAUGACUCCUGGGCAGGAGCACCCGCCUCCGGCUAGUUCUUUCCUUUCUCUGGCUUCCAUGACCUCUUCAGCUGCCCUUCUCAAGGAGGUUGCUGCAAGGGCUGCAGGCACCCUGUUGGCUGAGAAGAAGAAAUCACUGGUUGCUGAGGAUCCCCUGCAGCUUUCAGAGAUGAAGCAAGAGAAAGCAACUCCACCACAGUCUUUGGAAUUAUUGUUACUGCCAGUCCCUAAGGGAAGAGCAUCCAAACCCACUAGUACAGCCUCAGAAGAAGAAGGAGGAAAACCUUUCCAGUGCCCAAUCUGUGGUUUGGUUAUCAAGAGGAAGAGUUACUGGAAACGGCACAUGGUGAUUCAUACAGGUUUGAAAAGUCAUCAGUGUCCACUCUGUCCAUUUCGCUGUGCACGCAAGGACAAUCUCAAAUCACACAUGAAGGUUCAUCAGCACCAAGACAGGGGUGAGACCUUUCAAUGCCAGCUAUGCCCUUUCACCUCCUCCCGCCACUUCAGCCUGAAACUCCAUAUGCGUUGCCAUCAACAUUUCCUCAGGACAGAAUCCAAAGUAAAGGAGGAAAUACCAGAAACUGAGGUGAAGGGGUCACCACAGCUAAAUAGUGACUCCUGCCCGGGACCACAGAGGGAAGGAGGUGGACCUGAUCUUACGGGAUCACCAUCUGUGUCUAAAACACCUGAUGUGGCUGGGCAGCCUAGUGUCAGUAUUCCACCUUUGCUAGUGAAAGAAGAGCCCAAAGAUGACAAUGACAUCUCCUCUGCACCUUUUGCUCUUAACACUGUUGACAGAGCCCCUAACAACACAAAGCUGAAAGACUCCUCUGACUUUGUGGCCAAUACAGCAUCAGCACUAUUCAGCCAAGACAUCUCUGUCAAGAUGGCAUCGGAUUUUCUUAUGAAGCUGUCAGCUGCAAAUCAAAAAGAGCCCUUGACUCCCAAAUUUAAAGUGAAAGAGGAGCCUAAGGAUGAAGAAACUGCAAGUUCAGCCUUGUCUCAGUCCAGCUAUGUGUUCAGCCAGGAAUCUGAAGCCUCAGCUCCAAGUGUCCCUGAGGAGAAACUCAAGCCACAGGAAACACAGGCAAAUGUGAUGAGGCAGGACAUGUCGGUCAAGGCAGCAUCUGAGCUCCUCAUGAAGCUCUCAG